CGGCUGGGGUAUAAAGGCGAGGGGCGGGCGCGGCGUUCUUCCUUUAGUUCCACGGAGGCCUCGUGAGGGAACACCGCCGUCUUUAAACCGCCGCGACCGCUGCGCGAUCCUUGGGUCACGGCGAUGCCCAGGGAAGACCGAGCCACGUGGAAGUCCAACUACUUCCUCAAGAUCAUCCAACUCUUGGAUGAUUAUCCGAAAUGUUUCAUCGUGGGAGCGGACAAUGUGGGCUCCAAGCAGAUGCAGCAGAUCCGAAUGUCCUUGCGUGGGAAGGCCGUCGUCCUGAUGGGGAAGAACACUAUGAUGCGCAAAGCAAUCCGGGGGCACCUGGAAAACAACCCUGCUCUGGAGAAGCUUUUGCCUCAUAUCCGUGGCAAUGUGGGCUUUGUAUUCACCAAGGAGGAUCUGACUGAAAUCAGGGACAUGCUGUUAGCCAACAAGGUGCCUGCUGCUGCUCGUGCUGGUGCCAUUGCGCCUUGUGAUGUUACCGUGCCAGCUCAAAACACAGGACUGGGCCCUGAGAAGACCUCCUUUUUCCAGGCUUUGGGCAUUACCACCAAAAUCUCCAGGGGCACCAUUGAAAUCCUGAGUGAUGUGCAGUUGAUCAAGAUUGGAGACAAAGUGGGUGCCAGCGAAGCCACUCUGCUGAACAUGCUGAACAUCUCCCCCUUCUCCUUUGGGCUUGUCAUCCAACAAGUGUUUGAUAAUGGCAGCAUUUACAACCCUGAAGUGCUGGACAUCACAGAGGAGACGCUGCACGCGCGCUUCCUGGAGGGUGUCCGUAAUGUUGCCAGCAUUUGCCUGCAGAUUGGCUACCCAACUGUUGCCUCUGUGCCCCAUUCCAUCAUCAAUGGGUACAAACGAGUCCUGGCUCUGGCUGUGGAGACUGACUACUCUUUCCCAUUGGCUGAAAAGGUGAAGGCCUUCCUGGCUGAUCCCUCAGCUUUUGUGGCUGCUGCCCCAGCUGCAGCCGCAGCCGCUACUCCUGCUGCUGCAGCCCCAGCCAAGGAGGAAGUCAAGGAAGAGUCAGAAGAGUCAGAUGAGGACAUGGGUUUCGGUCUCUUUGACUAACCUAACCACUGGAUUGUCAUCUUUCAGUUUGAAUAGAAAGAAAUUAAAGAUAUUUAGCUACUUCCCUACAUAAA